UUGUACUCCCAUUAACAUCUCACUACCUUUGGCUCAGCCAUUCUCUUCUUUUUUUUUUCCAGCUCAUGAUGGCAGCUCCCAACUCCAACCCAACCCCAGCCAAGCUAUUACACAUAGAUGCCUUGCAGACGGUGGCGCCGGCAAGGAUGGCGAAGCCUGGGCAGUCGCGCCGGAUCUCAGUUGCGGAUCCAUUCCGGCCUGAGAUUCUACAGAGCUAUCUUCAAAUCAUUCUUUACUAUAAGAAAGCCAGGGAGGAGGAGUCGGCGUCGGUGGUGGCGGCGUGGAUCAAGGAGUCACUGAAUGUGGCAGUAGCGGAUGAGCCGCUGCUCGCCGGGAGGCUUUGGAGGGACGACGAAGGCGAUGGCCGCUGGGAGAUCAAGUUCAAUGACGCGGGAGUGAGGUUGGUGCAGGCAUCAGCGGAGAUGACCAUGGCGGAGUUCUUGGGCUCGAAGGAGAGGGAUGGUAGAGAGGGUCAGCUGGCCUAUUGGGUGGACGUGGACAAGGAGAAUCCUCGCUACUCGGCACUGUUUUAUAUUCAGGUGACCGAAUUCCAGGGUGAUGGAUACUCCAUUGGAAUCAGCUGCAGCCUCCUCCUGGCGGAUCCUCUGUUCUUAGCCCGGUUCCUGAAGUCCUGGGCCCAAACCCACAGCCAAAUGCUUGCCCAAGGCCAAAUUUCCACGAACCCACUGUUUCACUUGGGUUACUUCCAAAGACCCGGCCGGCCAACCCAUAUCAAGUCCACUCCACUUGACUCCAUUUCCACCAACCCCGCCCCCACCACCACCAUGCUCUUCAAGGUGGCUCGAGCUCGAGAUCAAGGCUCACCAUCUUACAAUGAGCUGGCCAUCCUCUGCCUCAUGGAGGCUACGAAAAGGAUCGAGGGCAAGGCCACGUCUAAUUUUACUCUAAUCGUUAGUGAUCACGCAGGCGACCUCAAGAUUGAAUCUUGUAGUACAGAGGGGUUGGAUCAAAUCAAUAAGUCCUUCAGUGGUGCAUUCAGUGUAGUGUGGUGGGAUGAGCUUGGCAUUGAAGAAAUGGCGUUUGAUCAAGGAAAUAGGCCCAUCCAUGCAUUCUAUCGUGUUGUGUCAUGUGUUGAUGAAGGGCAUGUGAUUGUGAUGCUACCAUCGGACGAGGAAGAUUCUUCCGAUUUGAUGAUCAGCACAACAAUCCCGAAGAAAAUUUAGGGUUGUGAUAUGUUGCUUGAUUAUGUCAACAUCUUGUCGAUGUUGCAUGGUUUACGUUACAAAAUGUUUGGUGAUAUUAGUUGAUUGGGAGUUGGUUAUGUGUGAUUAUGCAUGUAUCAUGAUAUAAAGGAUGUAUAUCUGAUUGUUAGUCCCUUAUCGGGAACGUUUUAUUAAUCUUUCAACAAA